GAUGCGUUCCCCUCUUAGAUCCCUGAUUGCCAAAACAUGGUCCGAAGGAAUCUAUAAGAGCCCCUCUGGCCACCUUUCAGGGGUCGUCGAGAUUGCCAUACCGACUAGGCCAGUAAACCCUACAACACCUCUUCCUUCACAUGAUCGUGGCCACAACCAUGCUGCACAGCGUCACCCUCGCGGCGCCCCCGCCCGAACCCGAAGCGAAACGAGCCGUGGACGUCGUAUCCCGCGUACUCUACCGGCUCAACUCGCGCCUAGACACGCUCAGCCACUUCACCGCCAUCUUCCGACACGACAGCAGCGCAGAGCAGUACCACAUCCGCCAAUACUCGGAAGCCCUGAUCCACGAACUGCAGCACGGGACCGAGAUGGUCCGAGGCGAGGCGAGAGGCGGCCUCUCCCGCCAAGACGUGUCGCAACUGGGAGACAAGAUCGAGGUGCUGCGGAACAACUGUACCGCCUUGACCGUAUGCCUUUUGGGGAAGAGGGCCGAGUUCGAAAAGCGGGACAUGUGUGAUGAGGUUCGUGGCCGCAUGGAUAUGGUUAAGUACGAGGCCCGGGGGUUGAUAGGGGAGCUCAUUGACCGGUGGCCUCAGGAGAUGAGGUGGCAUGCGGAGGCGAUAGCUACUGCUGUUUCUGGUCCUUUGAGCGAGGUCGAGAAGGCGUAUGCGGUGGGAAAGGUGUGUUGAUCGCAGUAAAGGUUGGAAAAACUGGUAACCUGAGGAUGGUGAUUUUGAAUUAGAGGGAUCUAGGCUCAGGGUAGUGAAGACCCGGGAGGAGGAACACGCACAACACAAGACGUCUCCAAGGACAUUUGUGUGCGAAGCAUAUUUCUUGAUGAUAAGCUUGCCGCCCUCGACAGAGAGCUACAGAGGUUGGUACGCUUUCUUGAGC